AUGCUCUACCCGGAUAUCGAUCCUGCUGCCCACAAUGCUGCCACACGCGAUCAUCGCAUAUCUGCCUCGGCCGCCAUGGGCUUGCCCACGGAGGCGCCACCUUCAUACGACAUGGCUAUAGCAUCCACAUCGGCGCCCAGCGGCUCAACAAGUAAUGGAGGAAGUGGUGUCACCAGUGGUCUGGUUGCCGAUGGCACUACUGCGCCGCUGGGCUGGCAUCCCAGCGCCCCACUGCCAGCGACCACACCCGUAACACAACCGCCAGCGCCAGUACCUCCACUCCGACAGUCGCGCACCGCACAGCAGACGCCUCUACCGCACGACAGUCAGACAAGGCCGGUGAUUGUGGUGCAACCGUU